AUGAGCCUCCGGCAGCUCCUUGUACUGGGCAGCCCGGGGCGGCCCUGCCUGUGGAGCGCAGGGCCGGGCUGUGUUCUCCGGCCUGUCCCGCAGCCCCUCAGCUCUGACCGCACUCGCUCUUUGCCAGAUCCAGGCCGGCGCCGGACACCAGAGCAGGGCCGCACCCGGGGCCGCUUCCGCAGAGCUCAUCAGAGGGUGCGGAAAUCCGUUCCCGUUCGGCGCAGAAAGGCCAGGACCUCACCACCCGAGCUGCUGGCACAGCCUGAGCCCAACCCGACCGAGCUCAAGGCCAAGGCUGACGCCCCAGGGACUGAGGGCAUUGCAGACGCUGACAGCACACCCGUUCAGCGCCUGCCCGAUGCUCCCAGUCUGCAUGUUCCUGAGGAGAGAGUUGUCUCUGCUCAAGUGCCAGCUCUGGUCAGGUCCAUCCACUCGUGGCUGACCUCCAAUGUGUCUGCUGGGCACGUGCUGGAUAAGACCCUUCUAGCACUGACCGAGGCACACCCCGUGGAUGUCGCCAUCACCCUCCUGCGCUGUGCCCCCUCAUGUGACAGAGCUGCUGCAACCAUGUGGAGGACCAUCGCCUCAUCGGGAAGGACACUGCAGAAGGUGCUGCCAACCCUGCUCGACGUGAUGGAGGACUGGCCGUGGUACUACACGGGCACCUCCGAUGGGGACAACACAGACGUCUUUGCCCUGGCUGCAACUCUGGCACUGUGGAUGAUUGUCCAGGAGCCCCAGUGCCUGGGGCCUUUGAUGGACUAUUCCCCCCAUCUCCUCGUGGAUCUGCUCUUCCAAGUCUUCGUCAGCACAGAGCAGACGUCAGAGGAGGUCGACACGUUCUGGAGGGGAUGCCAGGAGCAACACGACCUUCCCACCGACCCCAACAGGUUUGCAGUGCUGACCAUGAAGGCCCUGCUCUGCUGUCUCCACUGUGAGGAUGUGGUGAAGUCAGUGGAAGACAAUCGUGGCUGGGCCAGGCUCCUCAAUGCUCACAGCCGCCGCUACACGGCUCUGCUGGCCAGGGAGAAGCGCCGCAUCUCCAGACCCUUGUGUUCCCGCAUCACACUCCACCUGCUGGAGCUGCUGAGCAGGGAGGAGCUGUGCUGGGACCUGCCUGCCAUGGCAUUUCUUGUGGAGGACGACAGCAGUGUGCGGGAGGCCUCCAUGGCCCUCUUCACUCGUGUGAUCAAACUGAUCGAGAGAGAGGGAAAGAGGCCCCUGAAGCCACUCGUGUGCCUGAGCCUGCUCCCGCUCUACUUCCACCGGCAUGAUGAGAAGGUGGUCGUGAAAAGGGCCUCUCGGAAAGCACUGCUGGAUGUGACCAGGUUCCUGAAGAGGAGGGAUCUUGGGCGCCUGGUGAAUACAGAGGAGCCAUGGAGCUUUGGCAAGUGCCUGCUGAAAAAGGACCGGAGCCGAGUGGCCAAGUACAUGCACCAGGCCCUGCCGUACCUGCGGAGCCCACAGCAGCCCCUGCGAGAGGCAGCCAUCAAGUUCAUGGGGAUCGCCGGGGGGUACCUGAGGGGACAGCCCAAGGAGCUGCAGCUCAUCAUCGAUGCCCUUCAAGCCAUCCCAGAUGACAGGAGCCCCGCUGUCUCAAACCUGGCGCUUCAAAUCAUCAACUUUGUUACAAAUCUACAGACAGCUCCCUACCCCAGGUUCCAGCAGUUCCGAGACCGGCUCUGCAGGGCGUGGAAUACCCGGCCUUCUCUGUGGGGCUGAGUCUGCCUGUGCUGCUGCAGCUGUGUGCAGAGUUGAUGCAGGCAGCUCUGUCUGUUGGGGCACCUGAGCCUGUGGGGAAGACACCUCUUCUCUGCAAGCCCUUCCUUUUACCCCAGCGUAGGAAUAUUAAAUAAAUAUUGUCAUA